UGAUAAAUCAUCAUUCAGCAGUUAUUUCUCGUACCAGUAGCAUCAAGAAAAGGCAAACAUGAAGGUGUUUAUCGUACUCUCUAUGGCUUUGGCCAUCGCUAGCUGUGCGGCAAUCGACAACAGCCAGAAGGAAAAACGAGGCCUCUGGGAGGAAAGCUACGAAAAUCACGAACCACGUCACUAUCAUCAUUAUGAAGACGACAACAGUCAGCAACAUCACUUCUCAACCCACCAGUUCAAGGAAUACGAACAUGAAAACCAGAACCAGUACUAUCAACAUCAGGAUCUGAGCAACGAGUGGGAAGCCAAGAAGGAAAUCAAGCACAUCAUCACCAAGAAAAUCCCAGUGCCAUAUCCAGUUGAGGUUGAGAAGCACGUUCCAGUCGAAGUGAAGGUCCCAUACCCAGUAGAAACUGAGAAGAAGGUCCCAGUUGUCGUCGAAAAGAAGGUUCCAGUCUACGUCGAGAAGAAGUACCCAGUCCAUGUAGAUCGUCCAGUUCCUUAUCCAGUGAAGGUCGAGGUCCCAGUCUACGAGAAGGAGUACGUUGAGGUCCCAAAGCCAUACACAGUUCAUGUUGAGAAGCCUUAUCCAGUGUACGUGAGCAAGCAGGUCUAUGUAGAGAAGCCAAAGCCAGUGACCGUCUACUUUAAGCAGCACGAGAAGAACUCUUUCUGGAAUUAAGAGAUGCUGGUGUAAGAAGUUAGGCUGAAUGUGUCCGGAGUUUUGUAGAUGAAUGAUGAUUU